GGAAGUGAAAAGUCCCGUUCGAAACGAAGCAGAGCUGCUGCAGUAUUGAGGAUGUGAGGACAAAGAAUGCAACUGAGAAAACCCGAAAACAAACGCUGAUUGACGACGGGUAUCGGUCUAAUAAAAUUAGUGUUUACCUUCACCUAAAUUUAUAAAACCAAUGAAAACGCGAAACUUUCAGAAUCUCGUUCGCCGAGUUAUGUUGUCCUAAGCUAGCUAUGUUUUAUAGACAAUAUGACGAAUCCAGCAGUGACUGUCUCGUAGCAGCGACAAUGCUCAGGCCUGUCAUAACCGGCUUUUUCGGAUUUUCUCCGUCACAUCAAUGACUAUGGAUGUCAGAGCAGUUCUGGAGUUUGCCACAGUUACCAGGGGUCUGUCGUUGUUUUUGCAGGCUGUCUUCAAUGCUGUCAUCCCUGACCAUGAUGCUGAUGCGUUCAGACCCCCACGGACAGAGGAGCCUCUGUACUUGGACUCCGCAGUGGAGUGGUUGCUGGGUGGCCUCUCUCACUGGGAUGCCGAGCACUUCCUCUUCAUUGCAGAGAGAGGAUACCUUUAUGAGCACAACUUUGCUUUCUUCCCCCUUUUUCCCAUCAUCCUCCGAGGGCUGGCCGAGACGCUGCUGUGGCCCCUGAGCAGCUGGCUGAGUGUGCGGGGGCGUUUGCUGGUGGCUGUGGCUCUGGGGAACAGUGCCCUCUUCCUGCUGAGUGUGGUCGCCUUGUACGCGCUCAGUAGGAUAGUUCUUCAGGACAGGCGUCUUGCUCUGCUCUCCAGCCUGCUGUACUGCAUCACACCUGCCAAUGUUUUCAUGACCGCUGGAUACUCCGAGAGCCUGUUUGCUGCGCUCACAUUUGGUGGUCUGUUCCUCCUGGAGAAAGGAUUCACCUUCCGAGCCUGCCUGGCUCUCAGUAUAGCCACUGCAGCACGAUCUAAUGGACUUGUUAACAUAGGGUUUCUACUCUAUCUUCCAUCACUGCACGCUAUUUCCCAAAUUCGUGUGUAUCGAACAACGACAAAAGGCCACAGUAAAGUCUUCCAUUAUAUCUGGGCCAUCAUCCGUCUCCUGCUUACCUCCCUCUUGGGAACUGCAAUUAUUGCCCUUCCCUUCUUUGCUUUCCAGUACUAUGGGUAUAGGACGUUUUGCACACCAUCGGUCUCCUUGGAACGGAUCCCCCCUGCUCUUCUGUCGCUGGCUGAACUAAAGGGCUACCGGGUUCCAGAUGAAAAUGGUCCACCGCCCCUCUGGUGCAUGAGACCUCUCCCCCUGCUUUAUUCUCAUAUCCAGGAUGUUUAUUGGGAUGUAGGCUUCCUCCGCUACUUUGAGCUAAAGCAGAUACCAAACUUUAUUCUGGCUCUACCUAUGGCUACCCUCGGCAUAAUGGCAGCAUAUGCAUAUUUUCAAGCCAAUCCAGAACUGUGUCUGAGACUCGGGCUUUGGGAGACAGAUGCAAAUAAACGACUUGACAAACCUACACCAGGAUUGUUCAAUCCCAGAGUGUUCGUGUAUGUUGUACAUUCAACAGUACUUCUGGCGUUUGGAACGUUGUGCAUGCAUGUGCAGGUUCUAACCAGAUUCAUGGCCUCCUCGACUCCCGUGCCCUUCUGGAUAAGUGCACACCUGCUUCUCCUCAAUGAACCACUUCUUCAUCGAAGAAAGACCUCAAAUCCCAAUGUACAGCUACAGACACAUUCCAGGAAUGGAUGCAAGCACACACCUCAAAACCCCAUCAUUGCACUUCUGCCACACUUUAAAACCUGUUCUCCUACCACACAGAGCGUCCUGGGAUACUUCCUCUCUUACUGGGUGCUGGGCCUGGCACUGCAUUGUAACUUCUUGCCAUGGACAUGACUUAAGCUUUAAAUGCAAUAUCUCUAUUAAGGACUGGGCUAUACAUCAUGUUUAGAUCUCACACACACACACUUUACAGUACAUCAACAGACCAUUUUUGUUUUGGCACUAAUUGUUGAAAAUGAACUCAAUAACUUCAAUUUGGGUAAAUAAAUGCAAUGCAAAAAAAGUAAAAGUACUUAUUAUAUUUAUGUUGCCCUGUCCUACAUUGAACUUAUUGACAUGCCUACAUUUUUGAUGCAGAUUUAUUCAUGCAAUAGUCAACUAAUUUGACUUGGAUUUUUAACAGUUAGAGAACAAACUCAAAUGUACAAUACUCCUUGAAACUUUAUUGAACACUGUUUAACUGUAAAUAUUGGGGAAGAUUAUGCUUGUACUUGAAAAUGAAAACUUUUUGUUUCUUACUGAGGUCCUGCUGAAGCAUAACAUUUUAUUUACUCUACUUUAAUAUUGCAUGUUUUCGAAGAAUUAUUCCAAGUUAUAGUUUGGGAUUUUUGAAUGUGAAUGAAAAAAAAAAUAAAGAUUUUGUUGCUGUUUAAGGGUCCUAAAUUUAGUUUUAUUUUCAUGUAGAAGUAAUCCUUUUUUUGAGGCAUUAAUGUAAAACUGCUAUAUUGUGUUUUGUUGUAAAGAACAUUGGCUACCAAAGUUGCACUGGAAAGUUUACCCUUGAAUUAAAUAUUAAACUAAAUGUGAUAAAUCUAAAA